AUGGCGGAGUCCUCCGCUAGUGAAACUGCGAGAUACAUAUACGUUCAUGAUGUCGAAAAGGGUCCUCUUGAAGCCAUUGAUGUCCACCAUAUUGUGGUUCGAAAGAGCAGUCCAAAGGGUUUCAUAGUGGUCCUAUGUACUCUUCUUCCUAUAGCAACUUCAUGCCUUCUCUUUCUGAUUAAGCUUCUCAUAAUUCCUUAUUCCCAAAUGGUGGGUGAAAGGAAGAGCGACAGGAGGUUUGCAAACCCCCAUGAAUCGCACGGUUCCGAACUAAAACUGGUGGAAUGGAACAGGAAGUUUAGGGCCAGUUUGGACUGGUUAUUUUGGGAUGCAUUCUCGUUACAUCUGGCCAUGUUAUCUUCUUCAUCCAUAGCUUUCCCUAAGAAGUAA